CAAAUGUAGAAUUGCAGAUGAUGCAAAACUUUAUUUAGCCAAACAACAUGAAAUGAGAUUAAUACCAGUAGUUGCUAAAAAUUACAACACAACUUUUGAUCUCUAUGAGCAAGUUAGCAAUAAUAUUUACAUUGGAAGACCUGACAAGUUUCAAAGAGCUAAUUUAUUGUUAGCAGAAUGCAUUAAAAAUAAUAGAAGUGUUUUUACAGAUAAAAAAAAAGAAUUCCAAUUUUAUUUAGAUAUUUACAAAAAUAUUAGAGGAUACAAAGAUUUCACCAGAACUAAACUAAUAGAAUGUUAUAAAUAUGGGGUUGGUGUUAGUAAACAUGAUGAGAAAGCUUUAAAAUUCAUAAAAGAAUCCUUAAAUAAAUGA